UGGUGCUGCAUCGCCCUCCAGCGGCUAAAUUGUGUAUAACUUGUCUAAAUCAAACAGAUGGUGUCAAACAUCAGCUAAGCUAACACGUACCAGGCUUCAAAUUUUCCUUCGACGCUUCGCAGUUUAGCGCAGCGCCUCUUCUUUUCCCGCCAUAAGUGUCUCUGAGAGUCGCAGCCCUGCAUUCCAAAAAGGAAGACGAGUACUUCACCAUGAGCUCAGAUGAUGGUGACCUGGAGAACCAGGCUGAGCUGGAGGAGAAGACCAGGCUCAUCAACCAGGUGCUGGAGCUCCAGCACACCUUGGAGGACCUGUCUGCCCGGGUGGAUGCAGUGAAGGAGGAGAACCUGAAGUUGAAGUCGGAGAACCAGGUUCUGGGCCAGUACAUCGAGAACCUCAUGUCUGCCUCUAGUGUCUUCCAGACGACCGACACCAAGAGUAAACGGAAGUAGGCAGAACUUCUGACAUCACUGAGCCAAAUUGGACCCAGCGACCCAGGUCGCAGCGUCUGGCCUCAUGGACUCUUUAAUAACAGCUAGUCUGGGACAUAAAGCCAAGCCUGAAUGUAAAUAUUGGUAUUUAUCUUCACUUGACCACUAGGGGACAGUGUUGCUGUGUUUCGAUAGGUUCUGGAGAGGAGUCAGCCAGAGGGUCAGCAGGGGAUUGGACGAAUCAUGUUAUGAUGUAACGAGCUGUCAUUUCUCAGAAUUUUAGUUUACAUGACUUUUUUUUUCCUAGCAUAGAUUUCAAAACAAAGUUUGAUCAAUUUACACAAUUAUGCGAACGUUUUUUCAAACACAGGUGGAAUUUAGGAAAUCCAAUCCAUUUUUAAUACCUGAAGCACACAAAUUGUAAAUACUGCGUUAUAACCAAGAUGAUGACAUCACUCAGGUAAACUACACAUUUGCUACAAAAUUUAGUUACGAAGCAGAAAAAAGAAGGGAUAAAAAUAAACCUGUCAUCUUUA